CUAUCCACAUCAGCAACUCUUCUCUCAAUGAUCCACAUCAGCUUUGGUGGUUACUACAGAAUUUUUGAUCCUUCAACUGCAUGGUGGGCUGCGGCAGUUAUGGCUGUGGAAGUUUCACCCUCACAGCUUCUCAUGUUGCUGCAGUUAUUGCAGUGUGAAUUUGCAUUAUCAUGUCAAGGCCUGUUGAGAGAAUAGCAGAGAUCAAUGAUGGAAAAGAGCUUUGGAAGAUUGUUGUUAGGAUUCACCACCGAUGGAAAGUUGUCUCCAACAGCAAGGAACAUUUUGAAAUGAUCUUUGUUGACAAAUUGGGAGAUGAUAUUCAUGCUGUUGUUCCAGCACCGCAUGUGUCGGUUUUCACCGAAAAAUGCUUAUUAGGCCAUACUUAUACUGUAUCUAAUUUUAAGGUGGUGCCUUAUGUUCUGGCCUUCAGGGCAUCGGGACACAGAUAUAUGAUAAAGUUUACUGCUGGAACGUCUGUUCUUGAUGAAGACAAACAUGAGAUACCCCCGAAAUCGAUUUUAUUUACAAGUUUUUCAGACAUCAUAACAGGGAGGUUUGACAAACAUGUUCUGAUUCAUGUCGUUGGAAUGGUGGAUAGUAUUGGUUAUGCACAGACUGAGUCAGGUGCAAAGAAGCAGCAAAUUAGCAUGAUGUUGCGUGAUCACAGCAACAACAUGUUGAACUGUACUCUGUGGGAAUCAUACGCGGAUCAGUUCAUCAAGUUUAACAAAGUUAGGGUUGCUGCAUCACUACCUACAGUUGUGUUGCUUCAGUAUGCCAAAGUGAAGGAAGAAGGAAAGUAUCCUCUGUCUGUGACAAACACCUACAAUGUGACCCUUUUAUGUGUUGAUGCUGAUUUUCCGAUCAUGAAAGACUUUAUUGAUAGAAUUCCUGAGGAGAGCAAGGUAACCCUCUCUGACCAACUUGGAGGGAAUUCCCAAUAUUCCUCCCAAAGUUCUGAAAAUCAACAGCUCACUCCUGUGCAAAAAUUGUUCUCAAAGGCUGUUGUUUUGCCUAUUGCUGAGAUUAUUCAACUUACGGAUGUUACAUUUUGCGCUACUGUCGCUACAACAAAAUUACUAGUAGCAUCUCCGUUUGGAUGGUUCUAUCGUGCCUUCCAUAUGUGUCAAUCUAUAGCGCGCGGGGACAGCCCCCCCUUUGAGUGUGAAGCUGGUCAUGAAACCAUGGCUGAAGUCCUUAGGUAUAAGAUUGAAAUUGAGGUUACUCACGGGGGCCAAAGCUGCAAUUUUGUCUUCUGGAACAGAGAAUGUGAAAUGCUGUUGGGUUUAUCUGCAUCGCAACUUCGUAACACUAUGAUUCAGGCUGGAAUUACUGAUCCAUUGGACUUUCCGUUAGCACUUGAUCAGUUGUUGAAGUUGGAAAUGGCUAUGAAGGUUAAGUGGCAUCCACGCUGGAAGAACUGUUCCGUCGUUAUGAUUAUAAAAAAUGAUCCUAUUAUCCA